GAUUCCCGUCCUUGUGAGUAGGCGCUGUGCUUGUCUUGUGUCAGACUUUUAAGCUGUAAUGACGUUUGAUUGGUUAAAACAUUGUAACUGUGGAUCAGGCAUGCUUAAUACCUGUUUAAAUAAUCUUCCAAUGUUAUUUAGUAGAUUUGACUCAGCUCGCCAACAACGCUCUAUCCUUAAUUAACGUCGAACCUUACAUUCAGAGUAUUCAUGAAAUUACUCCUGCUUUCGUCUUUGACUUAGCAGUUGUCUUAUUUGGUAGCGACAUUUGUAAGUUGCGAACAAAUUUCUUAUGAUUAUUAGUGCCUCGUCGUGGUCGCGCUGAGACCGAAUGUGUAGAAAACUUCGAGGCUAUUGUGUUCAAAUUGUCUGAAGAAAUAGGAGUGGACUUGGAUCACAUUGUACCAGAGGACCUUAUGGUUGGAGAACCCAGAGCAUUAUCGGAUUUUCUUGUCCUGCUGACCGCAUUUAUUGCCUACUGUCAUGAGUCGAACCUUUUGGAGCUCCAAAUAUCAGCGAAUGAGUCUUCCUCUGAGUGUUCAGGCCGCUUGAUUACUAACUCAAAAGUAAAUUCAAAGACAAAGGAUUUUCUAGAAUGCCAGUUGUCUACUUCUCCUGAAUUACCACGUCAUAGUGUGACUUGUGCACCCAUGUUUUCUACAUCCUUUCACCAAUCUGAUCGGUCUAUUGAUCAAAGUACACCAGUGAAGCGGACUCCAGCAUCUUUCCAAACUAGAAACCCUUAUCCACCCGUUGAUAAUGUCAAUUCAUUACUACAAAAAUCAAAUUUAUUUGCAGUCCAAUCGGAUAACGUGAAACCAAGUUAUCCUGUUGCUUCGUGUCUUUCCAAUUUCUUAGAGGUACAUACAGACACUUCACCUCCAGCAACACCGAAUGCAAUGAAUGGAUAUCUAGAAAUCGUCCAUUCUAAUUUAUCCGAUGCAGAUAUUCUACCUAGUUUAGAGAAUUCUUUGAAUAUGCAACAAUUUAUGCCUAGUUCUCCAGUUGAUGAAUUUAAGAAAUUAAAAAAUUCUGGCUCUCAUUUAACACGUUCACCUAAUAAGGAAUAUUUUGGAAGUAAAAAUUUUAUUUCUGCUGAAUCUACUGUGUUGGAUGAUCAGUCGUCAUUACAUGAACAUAAAGUGCAUCUUUCUACAUCCUCAAAUAAUAUCAAUAACAGAAGUGUUUCAUCCUCUGUUGAAUUAAUUCAUAAGUCAACUAGUGAUAAACAUGAUAGUUCAAGUAGUGGUCGUGGUCGUAGUUUAACAGUUACACAAACAGUUCCUUUUCAGUCUAAUACAUCACCUCCUUCAAGUCUUCUUGAAUUACAUACUUUUCCAGAUUCACGUAAUACAACUCAUAAUUAUCCUAUAGAGCAUAAUAAUUCCUAUCCUUCUCAGAAAUCUUUAAACAAACUUGUAUCUAAUGAGAAAAUCAAUAAUAGUUAUGAUUCUAUUCAUACAAGUAGUAUAUUAGCUUGGAAUGAAGAGAAUAUUAAAUAUAAUAAGAAAAUAAAUAAAAAUGAAUUACAUGAUGGAUCAUUAGAUGAAUUAACUUCACUUUUGUCAACUAGUUUAAUAUCUGAUACAGAAAAAGUUUCAAAUGAAAUAUCUGGUCAUUGUCCAACUACUUCGGAUAUUUUAACUGAAAUUAAUGACUUCGCUUGUAUACUUGAAAAACGACUAAAUUAUUUAAGAUCUGUUUAUUUUCGUGCACAUUCGGAAGCUGAAGCAUUGGCUGGUUUAGUUCAAUUGGUCACAUCAAAAAGUUUAAAUAUUAUUGAACCUAUGAACAACAGUCAAGUUAAUGACAACAACAAUAAUAGUAUAUUAAAAAAUAAUCCACUUAAUGUACAUGAGAACCAUUUGCAUUUAGAGUCUUUAUUAGUUAAAGCAAUUGAUCGUAUCGAUCAACUACUGGAAAAAUACAUUACUCCUUGUUCAGAAGUAAUUCAAGAUAAACAUAGCAAUUGUAUGAAUUCUGCGAUAUGUUUACAUCCUAAAUCAGAAAAAGUUGACAACUUUCUGACAAAUCAAACCUACUUUCAUUCAAAGAAUUCAUCUAAGUUCAGUUCUUUGUAUGAUGAUAGCUAUUCAGAUGUAGAGUUGAAAAAGUUAUUGGAUCUCAAACAUGAAUACAUGAUGAAAGCCUUCCAUUUAUGCUUAGAUCAACUUCGCUUAUUGAAUGAAUAAUUCUAUUGUUGCUUCAUAUAAUGACUCUCUAAUGUAUCUUUUAUUCUUCAUUAUUAUAAUUAUUGUCUCCAGUAUUAAUCAUGGUUAUUAUGUCUGAUAAGUCAUUAUAAUCUGUUGGUGUAUUUUAAGAGGUAGUAUUUAGCCAAUCUCUUCUAUCACUUCUUCUUUAUACUCGUUUUUAUUUACUGUUAUUAUGAUUAAGAUCUACUAUUUCUUUGCUCAUUUCUUUACAUCUCAGAUAUUAACUACCUUCAGAUAUUCUGUGUAUUAUGUCCUCAUGCAAUUGUUGUUUACUUUCUCUUCUUUUUUGUUUCCAAAAUGCUGUUGUCAUGUUUGAUUUGAUUCAGAUAUGAUGUUGUAUACGUAUACAAAUCUUUUAUCUCUACAGUUAUGAAUGUUUAGACAUUUUAAGAUGUUUUUCACAUUAGCAAUGUAAGGUACGUUUAAAAAGUUUAAACAUACAAUUUAUUCUCUAAUUUGAUUAAUGUUUAUCCUAUGAUUGUUUAUCUCUUUAUUCAACCAUCAAUCCUAACGAUCGUGCAACUGACCACACAUGAAAUACAUGUUUCUUUCUGAAAUACUAAUAGAAUCAAGAUUC